ACCACUUCCUCAUGUCAUUCAUCUGGACCACAGAGACUCUCUGCUGGUCCCGCUCGGCUCUGCACACUGGGACUAUAGACUCAGGCUGAAACAAUCUUCUUACGCUGUGACUUUUCUGCGUAGAGUGAAGAGAAAAAAAACACGGAGAAAGAUGAGGCUGGUCUGUUUCUGCAGUGCUCUGCUGCUACUUGUCUUUAUUCCCAAAGCCUGUCAGGGUGGCAACAUCUUGGUCCUUCCUAUAGAAGGCAGCCACUGGAUAAACAUGGAGAUCCUUCUUCAAGCUUGUCAUGAGAAAGGACACAAUCUAACAAUACUGCGUUCAAACAAAAGCUGGUACAUCAAGGAGAAAUCCUCCUAUUACCACACUUUAACAGUUCAAGUGGAGAGGAGCUUGGAUCAGAAGUUCAUAACAAAAAUCAUAAAAGAGGCCAUUGACAUGGAGAGGGGAGCUCUUCCCUUGACACAUUUUCUCCACAUGUCUGUAGGAAUGAUCGGCACGUUUUUGGACGCUCACGAAGCUGUGGCCGAGUUUAUGACAGGGAUCCUGGAUAACUCAGAACUGAUAAAAAAGUUGAAGGACAGCAAGUUCGACCUGGUGCUCACUGACCCCUGCUGGGGUGGAGGAGUGAUUUUGGCCAAAUAUUUGAACCUUCCUUUGGUUUAUAAUGUUCGCUGGCUAUUAGGCGGAGAGGCUCACCUCGCUAUUGCUCCUUCUCCUUUAUCAUACAUUCCUAUAACAGGAUCUGGCAACACAGACAAGAUUACCUUUUUGCAGAGAGUAAAAAAUGUGGCUUUUCAUUUAGUAACGGAAACACAAAAUCACUUAGUUAGUCAAAUAUACCAGAAAAUGUCUGACAAAUAUCUUGGGCCUGGUAUCGACUAUAAACAGUUAAUGCUUGAUGCAGAUCUGUGGCUCAUGAGGGCGGACUUUGUGUUUGAGUUCCCUCGUCCCACCAUGCCAAAUGUCGUCUACAUGGGAGGGUUUCAGUGUAAACCUGCAAAACCACUUCCUGCAGAUCUUGAGGAGUUUGUGCAGAGUUCUGGAGAGCAUGGAGUCAUUAUUAUGUCUCUGGGGACUUUUGUGAGUGAACUUCCUGAUGACAUGACGGACGAGCUCGCCUCAGCUUUUGCGAAAGUACCUCAGAAAGUCAUCUGGAGACAUAAAGGACGAAAACCAGCCACUCUGGGCAACAACACUUUGCUGGUCGACUGGAUGCCACAGAAUGAUCUUUUAGGGCAUCCCAAGGUAAAGCUAUUUGUUGCACAUGGAGGAACAAAUGGAGUUCAAGAAGCCAUUUAUCAUGGAGUCCCUGUUGUGGGUCUGCCUUUGUUUUUUGACCAAUAUGACAACCUGCUGCGUCUCAAAGAGAGAGGUGGUGCUGAGAUCCUGAGCAUUCAAACAGUGGACAAAGAAGACAACUUCCUGAAGACCAUACAGGAAGUCCUGAAUGAGCCCUCGUACAGGAUGAACAUGCAGAGACUCUCCAGGCUGCACAGAGAUACUCCCAUAAAGCCUCUGGAUAACGCUCUCUUCUGGAUAGGAUUUGUUAUUAGACACAAAGGUGCAGCUCAUCUGAAAGCACAGUCCUUACAGAUGCCCUGGUAUUCCUACCACUCAGUUGAUGUCUUUGUGUUCCUGGCUGGAGCUUUGCUUCUCGUUCUUCUAACUGUUUUCAUGCUGAUGAGAUGUUUCUACAAUAGAAUGUGUAAGAAAAAAGUGAAACACGAGUAAUCAUUUACAACAUUUCCAUUUCACUUUAUAGACCAAAAUAUGUCAUAAAGAUUUUCUGAUUUUGGGAUUUAUGUGAGACCUUUGAUUUAUGGUACCUCUGAACAGAUAUGAAAAAUACAUCAAUUUUGGCAGCACAAUCAAUAAUAAUAAUAAUUUUUGAGUGUGUUUUUUUAAUUAUAUUGAUCAUAAUUUAUAAGGUAUUUGUAUGAACCUAAUGAAUGUUGUGACAGGGCCUCUAUCUGAAAGACCUUUCUUAAAAUAAACAUUGUCUAAAUAAAA